UUCCGAUUUUAUGUUUAAAACUGCAUUUUAAGAAAAAUAAGAAAGAGAAAAUUAUAAAACAGUUUUUGGACUACAAACAUGUAAAAUGAUCUAAUUGUCGGUUACGUAUUCACUCUAUUGUUUGAGCAACGUAAUUUGCAAAUAAUAAUCGUAAAAAUAUUAUUUACGCAAUUGAAGAAUUUGUUUCUAGCUAAAUUUGUUAUAUAGAAACAAACAACCAGCGGAUAUAUAAAUUAUGAGUUUUAACUUCCUUAAUUAUCUAAACAGAUCAUAUUUUUUGUCAGUAUUAAAGUGCAAUAUUUAGUUUUGAAGAGAUAAAUGUUGUUAACAGACCUAUGUCAGUAUUUGCGACUUUCCUCUAGUAUUAUUCCCCUAGUAUUAUAAUCUUAUUACAUGUAAAUUUAUUAUCCAUAAGAGAGCAUUAUGGUAAGGAGAGAGAGUGUGUGAAUUACAUUACGGAAUAAUGAACAUAAGUAAUAUUACUAAUUGUGACAAAGUUGCAUUAUAAAUAUCUUGUAAUAAAAACAAAUUUAUGAUCUUUACUAGAAACACACACACACACACACACACACAUACAUACAUACAGAAACUACCAGCAUCGAGCUGACUCAUUCCAUUUUAUCUAAGUUAAACUUAGCCAAUUCUUCUCACAAAUUGAAAAUAUAUUCUCGUCGUCUCCCUAUCAUGAAGAAUGUAACCCGCGCGAGAACACUUUUUAAUGAGACAAAAAUUGCUCUUUCUUUCUCUCUUCCCUUUAAUUAAUUUUCAGUCAUCAUAAAUUAAUUUAAUCAUUUAAAACAGCGUUAAACAUUUUAUCGUGACUUGAAACGGACAUAAAAUCUUUAAUAUUUUGUGGUUUUAUUCACGAUGCACGUAACUUCCCUCUGAAGAAUAAGUUUCUUUAAAAAUUUUACAGAUCUCUUGCCUCAUCGUUACUUACAUAAUUAUAAAUAGAAUAAUUACACAAUUACUCCACUGGGUGCUGUGAAUUAUUGCUAUCCAUUCGUAAUGAUGGCACGGCGCAGAAAUUAAGAUGGUCGUUUCACCGCCAUUUAACUCCGUGCUGAUCCAUUUUAUUGCGCGGAACGUGAAUAAUCGUGAAAAUUAACUGCCAAAAUUUAUGACAAACGUAAUGCAUUUGCAUGAGCGCGCGUAUAAUACAUCGUAUUCGAAUCUUAGUAUCAAACGCCAGGGGCAUGCUGAAAUCGUAUAAACGGAUACCAUUUAUCAUGCUGCCAGGUCUUACUGCGCUAGCUGAGUGACAGCGCGUUAAAUUUAGCAUUAAUGAUGCGGUUCCAGGUACUAUAGCGAGACGGAAGUUCGUUAAUUAGUUAUCGCGGCGAAAAGUGUACGGCAACUUGUGCUACAUUCCAUGCAUCUCGUCGUCUCUCCAUCGCACCGCGCCGAUGAAUUUCAAUCUUCUAUGGUGAUAACGCCUGCUUCUCAAGUUCUGUCUCAAUUCGCGAAUUAUAUUUUGUGUAUGUGCGCGUGUGAAUGCUAUACGCAAAAUCUUUUGAUUAACCAUCAAUUUCAGUUUGUCGAGUUGUCACAGUAAAAUCAACGUUUAUGCAGAGCACUGACCUUUCACGUUACGAACAAAAAUAAUAUCUCUGUUAAAAAAUUUUAGAAUAGUGACAUUUAUUAUAUAGUCAAUGAAAUAAUUUGAGAAAAAUAGUGUUACGACUGAGCGAAAAUCCAAGCGGAGAUUACAAUAAUUAAUUUGGAACAUAGUUACGUCAGCUUAAAAGUUGCAGCUGUUUCAUGCAGAAAUUUGACGGUUCAUUUUAACUGCGAGUGAAGCUAAAGACAAGUACGCGUAAUUAUAAAUUCAACUGCGAAACGUAAUGAAGCAAAGGAAGCAAAAGAUAAAGCAGAAAGAUUUAAUUAUAUACUUUUAUAUAAUUUAAAAGACAUAAAUGCCUUGAAAUAAAUAAAGAAAGACAGGACUGAUAAGACAAUUAUUUAAAAAUAUUUAAAUGAAGUGAUUUACGUAUCACGAAAUAAAUUCGUUAUUGAACACGGCAAAUGUUUGCUACAACAGAUUAUGCUUAUUGUUAUUAUAAUUACGUCUAAUUGCUUAUUCUAAACGAGAAUUCCAAUAUUAAAAUAUUAUUGGAACGUUGUCACAAGGAAGAAACAAUUUUCGUGCGUAAAAUGAAACUAGUUUUGGUGAUACAACGUUCAAUCAUCGAAAUUUCGUCGAAUACGUUUGCAAGUGAAAUUUUGCUGUAUAAUACGAAAUAAAAAAUGUUACGAUGAAACAAUCCGUAUUGUGAAAAAGGGAGGUUGUUUCAAUGUGUGUCGUUCGCAAGUCAUCCGCGCGCACAAUGCAACUCGCCGCGCCCGAUGCAAUUGCAUCCUAUUAAUGAAUGUAGUUCGCAUCCGCGGCACGCGCGUUAAGAUCGUUACGAAAUCUCGCGUCACGUGUGCGAGAACCGAAAGUGCAAGGAAGGAAGGAAGGAAGGAAGGAAGGAAGCGAGCACGUGAGGCAUUAUUAAACUUCUCGCGCUCUAAUCCGAGUGUAACGCGCGUGGUUUACGUGGUCGGAACGAAAACUAUGCGGCACGAUGAGUGGGCCAAGAAGAAUCGGUGGUGGCCUACCGAGCAGGAGAAAGCUGGACUGCUGCCAGAAGGUGCGUCAAGCUCGAGGAGUAUUGCUGGUAUACUUGAGCAUCUGUGCAUUGCUACCCAGCGCUAUUUUCACCGCGUCAGCACACAUACGCGUAACAUCCAACGAAGAUGCGCAGCGGCGUGUAAACGAUGCCAGUAAUGAUCUGAUGGAAGAUCUACCUGUUUUCGAGGCGACAGCGGCAAACGUCAGUGCAUUUGUAGGACAAACCGCAUAUCUGCCGUGCCGCGUGCGAAACCUGGGCGACAAAGUAGUUUCCUGGAUGAGGAGUAGGGAUCUCCAUAUCCUCACUUCUGGAAAUUUUUCGUUCAGCUCGGAUGCGCGAUUCGGACCUCAGCACACCCCAGGCAGCGACGCCUGGACUCUCAGGCUGGAUAACGCCAAGAAGACGGAUUCUGGCAAGUACGAGUGCCAGGUCAAUACGGAACCGAAGAUCAUGUAUGCAGUGCAGCUCUCUGUGCGAGAUCCAGACAAACUAGAGGGCUAUGACGAACCGCAUUCUCAGCAGACACGUAUAAGCUAUGAGAGUACAGCGCCGGUAGCAGACAUAAUGGGUCCCCGGGAGCAAAGGGUGCCAUCGGGCUCGACGAUCACCCUGAGGUGCGUCAUAUUGUCGCCGUAUCAGACCCGUCCCAUCAGGGGUGUACAAUGGCUCCGGGAUAACAAACUCCUAACAUUCCAGGCAGCGCGUGGAGGGAUAAAUGUAGAGACCGAAAGGGGUGCGGCACGUACGGUAUCCGUGUUGACUUUGGCGGCAGUGACUCAAGAUGACGUUGGGAACUAUUCAUGCAGGCCGACGGAGGGUCGAUCAGCCACUGUCACCUUAGCCGUUGAGGAAGGGGAACGCACGGAAGCCAUGCAACGUGACGCCGGAUACGUCUCUUCCGGAAGUGACGUCAGGCACUGGCCCGGACUUCUGCUUCCGUUUUCGUGGUUUCUAAUACUCGCGCGCAACAGCCAAACUUUCUUGCUCUAGCGCACACCCGACAGUAUUUCACGCUUAUUUCUUGCCGUUUCCAACGCUGAAAUGUACCUAAAAUACGACCAAGCGAAUUUAGAUUGUAAAGAUAAAUUUUUAUAGAGCUUAAGAACAUAUUUAUAAAUUGUGUUGUAUAAUAUGUCAAGUGAAGAGAUUAUGCAAUCUAAAAAUUUAUUACUAGAGCCAUUUGUGGUGGGCUCCUUCUACAUUAAUUGUACAUACGUACAAAAACAGAGUGAUGGAAAGUUUGAUUUAACUCGGGGAAAAAAUAUAUUUUAAAAAUUAAUAGAGAAAGGAAGGAGGUGGUGGAAUACCAUUUUGUUGUUUUUUUUUAAUAAUUAAAUAAAUUUUAACGUAACACAAUUCUUAUUAUCACCAGUUUGUUAGCUAUAGAGUUCCAAUCAAUAGAUUCAUCAGGUAUAUAGAACGAACGUAAUUCACAAUUUACUGAAGAGGAAAAGGGAAUGCGUUUGUGAGAUAGCAAAGGGUUCGUGGAAUAUUAAUAGCUAAUGUCAAAAGGCACUUUUAAUUAUAAAAACAAAUUAAUGAUUCUUCGUAGAUCUUACAUGUUAAUAAGUGUCAGAAAAUAAUGUUUUAUAAAUAUCAUGGAUUUCACCACCCCACACGUAUCUCACGACACUCGUCUUUCCUAUACCAAUAAUUAUAUAGAUUCUAGAAUAUAAUUGUAUCGUGACCGAUAAAUUAGACUAACAAUUAAAUCAUAUAACUGCGUAUUGUGCAUAACGCAAUCGAGGAAAAUAAGGUAAAUAGUGUAUUAAUGCACUUUUUCUGUCUUUACAAGUAACAGAGAAAGUUAAUGGACAAUAAUUGAAUUUAAAAAAAAUGUAUAUAUGAAUAUGGAAAUAAUUGAAAAGUUAAUUGCAACAAGAUAGUAAAUGAGUAGAGUCUAUGACACAGAUCUUUACAGAUAUUUAUUAUAGAUAAUGGUUAUACGCACACAAAGCCAGUUUUUGUUGCAAGGAAUCAAUUUCAUAUUAGGAAGAAUAUAAAUGGGAAGUUGGGUUGUAAUUGUAAUUUAGUAUUUUUUUGUCAUAAUAUAUUAUUAUAACGAAAAUGACUCGUAUUAGUAAAAUAAUCUUUGCUUGAUAAGAGUGCAUAAGCUUUUUUCCGUCGACCAUGUUUAAAAUCUUUGACUUUUUCUCAUUGAUUAAGCCGCGAUCAAUUUUAUAUAUUCGUUCUACGAUUGUGCAUACAAGAUGACAAGUAGGUUUUCUUUGAAAGAAUUUCACGCAAAUGGAACAAAAAUAAAAUUCUUGCAAGCAAGUUCCCUCGUGUGCUGUCUCGUAAAUUUAGUUUCGUGCGCAAAUAAUUCAUUAAAUGACCUGCGAUACUCCAUUUGAUCUCAAUGUUCCGGAACGUUCUUUUCGCUGCGCCCUCGCAAUUCACGGCGUUUCUUUGAGCGCAGCUCUUAAAGUCAAUGGGAUUAAAGCGACCGCGCGCAACGCCAAAGGAUGCGGAGGUAAUUUGAUAUCGUGUAUCGUGCUAUAUCCUUUCGUUCGAAGGAUCUAGGAGAAUGCGUCAUGAAUUUCAAGAAAUUCCGACGAAUAAGUGUGUCUUGUACUGUGUGUUGCACUCUUUUACCUUAUCAUGUUCCCCUUAUAUAUAAAUAAUCAAAAAGACUCGACAGAUGUUUGCAACAAAAUAAGGUACGUAGUAAUUUAUAAUAAUAAUCUUUACUUUUCGUUUAAUCAGAAAAUGUAUGUGUCGGGAAAAACAAAAAUAAUUUUUUAUUAGUAUUAUAAUACAAUGUAAAUAAAAAAUGUAAUACACAUACGGGGUGAGGCAUUUAAAGCGUUAGAAAUUAUUAGUCCCGAAAUUAUUUAUCGUAACGAAAACGUUUUAGACAAAAGUUGAAUUAUCUAAAGGGAAACAAAUAACGGUAAAGUCAAGAGAUGAAUAAUAUGACGAAUUAAUUGGUGUGAAAAAGACAAAGCUGCUUGAAACAGUUUCAAAAGUAACAAUAAUGCUUUGUCCUAUCUUAUAGAAAAUCAUUGCACAAAUGAAGAUCAUAUAUUCAUAUUUCAACAUAUUUUUACUAUGCACAGAA